AUGAGUUUACAAGAAGGUGAACAAACAAAAUUACUUUUAAUUGGAGAAACAGGUGUUGGUAAAAGUUUACUUGGUAAUUUCAUUUUAAAGAAGAAUGUUUUUAGAGUUAGUGAUAGUACAAUUUCAGAAACAAAAGAAGUUGCUAAAUGUUUUGGAGAAGGAGAUAGAAGUGAUUUAGUUGUUAUUGAUACACCUGGUUUUCAUGAUACUGAUUAUUAUAGAUUUGAUGAAAAACAUAUUCAAAAUAUUGUUGAUUGUGUUAGAGCUGAAGGAUUACAAGGAAUUGUAUUAACAAUGAAUUAUAAUACGUUUAAAUUUACUGAUAAUCUUAAACGAGUUAUUAAAAUUAUAAAUGAUGUUUUUCCAAUAAAAGACAGUUGGAAACAUGUUUGUAUUGUUUGGACUAGAUGUUUUUUUAAUUAUAUCCCAGAAAAGAAAAUUGAAAAAGGUAAAAAAGAAAAACAACAAUUCAAAGAAUAUUUAAUUUCAUUUAUAAAACAAAUAAAUGGAACAAAUGAAGAUAUUGAUAUUCCAAUGUA